CGGAACUUUUAAAGGGAAAGCUUUUUUAAAAUACAUCUGGUCUGUUUCUUUUUUUAACGAGCCCCAGUGCUUCAAUUACAUCUAGUACCAGUUUGUCAGCAUUUCCCACAACUCGCUUAACCUGAAAGUUAUGGGUAGAAACUCUCCGACCUUGGAUAAUGUCACAAGCUAGAACAUUUCUUUCCCAAGAAAAUGCCUCCUACUGUAUCUUGAGUCUAUCUUCUGGAGAAUUGACUAUUCCUGCCACCUUGGUAUCAUCUGCAAAUUUCAUGAGUUCCCCAUCUAUCCCCUCGUCUAAAUAUGGAUGAAGAUAUUGAAGAGUCCUGGGCCUAAGACAGCCUUUUCAGUUGCAGAGGUCGGACGGAUAGAUUGACACCCAUAUGCACAGCUAGCUCUACUUUCACUUUCACCUUCCCUCUCCGCACUGGGCAGUGAGAAGCUGGGGCGCCCGAUCGACGAGUUCCUUCUUGAGUCCCCCUUCAUUUGCUCCGAAUUCUCCAGGCAGACGGCAAACGGAGGACAGCGGUACAUCUGACUGAGGGGCACAAUGUCACACACUAGCCGCUGCAAGCUGGUUGAAUAUUUUGAAGAAUUGAGUGAAGACGAAUUCGAGAAAUUUAAGCUGCACCUCGAGGACUACCCAGUGGAAAAGGGCUACAGGCCUAUCCGUCGUUGCAAGACUGAGAAAGCUACCCACAUUGAAAUAGCCCGAUAUAUGAUUGAGGCAUAUGACGAUGCCAAGGCUCUGAAGAUGACUGUCAGCAUUCUGGACAGAAUAAAUAAAAAGGAUCUGGCUGCAAGAAUCCGAAAGGAGAUGCCAGAAUAUUUUCUUCAAUCUCCAGAAUCAGACAAUGAGACAUUUUCUGAACCUCAAAAUAAAGUGGAGGUGAUGCUGGAUCCCAAGACAGCUUUUCCCACCCUGAUCCUUUCAGAAGAUCGGAAAAGCGUAUGCAUGGGUGAAAGAGCCCAGGACUUUCCUGACAAUCUUGAACGCUUUAAUUUUUUCCCUUGCGUCCUGGGAACAGAAGGCAUCAAUUCUGGGACUUCACAGUGGGUGGUUGAAGUGGGCAGGGCCAAACAAUGGGCCAUUGGUGCUGUGCGUGAAUCCAUAGAAAGAAAAGGAUAUUUACAUAUAAGUGAAACUGAAGGGUUUUGGGUAUUGCAACUGAUGGAUGGAGAAUAUGAGGUCACCACCACACCUAAAACCAUUCUUCCACUGUGGAAGACAGUACAACGGAUUCUCGUUACCUUAGAAUUCAGUGUAGGCAAAUUAUCCUUUUAUGAUGUGGAUACUAUGGAGAUUAUCUAUACUUUCAAUUAUUCAGUUUCUGAGAAAAUGUUCCCCUUCUUCCUGACUUGGGACAAAAAGAAUCCAUUAAAAAUCAGUACAGAUUACUCUAUCAGAUAAUCUGAGGAAGAACAAGAAGAAACAGUUCUGAGAAAUGACCCAAGCUGAGGAAUUUUCAGUUCAGACCUUGAACAGAACUAAAAAAAAAAAAAAGACUUUAAAAAGUAAGGAAUGGGUUCCUGGCCUACAGAUAAGAUACGGAUCAACAUGGGGAGGAAUAAAAUUAGAAGUUCUGGGCUGUUCUAGUAGGUCUGGAAAAAAGAAAAGAAAAGGAAUCCCCUCCAAACUUUCAAUGAAGAACAUUUCUUUUAUUUGUAUAUAUAUUAAUUAUGCAUAGAUACUUUGAAAACAGUGUAUUUUCUGGGUCCAUUACAGAGUAAUGACAAUUAUUCUGAUAAUAAUAGAAAUAAUGAAAAUAAUAAUAAUGAUGAUGAUGAUGACGAUGUUAACUUAUUUAUUUUUGUUGUAGCUUUCUGGUAUUAUAACUAUAGUUAACAAGAAUAUUUCUGGCUUUAGAUCUAUAUGUUGCUUAAUUAUCUUUUCUAACCAUGUGUGUAUUUUCAUCCAGAAUUUUUUUACCUUCACAAAUGUCCACCACAUAUAUUAAUAAGUACCUUGAGUCUGAUUACGUUUCCAACAUCUUUGCUACCCUUGCCGGUGGCCAUUGUCAAUUUAUAGUUCCUAACCCAAAGUUUUUGCCAUUUGUCUAGUGCUAUAGUAUAACCAGUUUUUUGCCCAUACUAUCAUUGUUUCACUUGUUUAUCUUCCAUUUUAAUACUUAAUAAAUAACUAUACAGUUUAUUAGUUUUCCAUCAGUCCCUAAUAGUAUCUGAUUGAGUAUUGUUGAUUCUUUAUAGAAACUCCAUGUCUUAGCAUCUUUCUUAUAUCUAGAUUGUAUUUGCAUGUGUGGCCACCAUGCUAGAUCCACCCCUUGGUUUUGCAAUUCCUUCCUGGUUUUAAGUUCUCCUUCCUCAUUUAAGAUGUCUUUAGGGUACUCUGAAGUAUAUAAAGAUUGGGAACAUCCAAGCCGUUCAACUUUGCGGCAUCCUUAGUGGUUUGGUAGGAAUGGAAGUCAUCAGGAAGUAAUGAUAUAGUUGGAAAUAGGGUGGUUUGCCAAAUGAAUUUCUAAACAAGCUUUUUUUUCUUUUCCAAGUGCCCUAUUAUGCCCAUAAAAUCUUUCUGGCAAAGAACCUACAACUCUAAAAGGAUCUCCUUCAAGCAACUCAUUCAAUGCACUUAAUCCACGAAUGCUCCUCCAAAUAAGCCCUGUUUCUCACAAUUUUGGUCUCAAGAUAUUUCUUGAGAAUAAUUAGACAUGGAUAGUUAUUCCUAGAAUAUUGUUCUUCUAGUCUGUAUCCAUUUACCAAAUCUGUAUUUAGCUUUUUUUUCCAGGUUGGUCCUUGGACCAUCAUCAUGCCUUGUCCCAGUGGUUCCUCAAUGUUUCUCUUUCGUUAUACUAGUUAAGCUAUCUGUAAUAAAGACUACGGAAUAAUAAGUCAUUUAUCUAGAAGAAUUUAAUUCAGGUUGCUAGUGCAAUUCAGUUGAUGGACCAAAAUUCAAUUAUAGAGAUCACUAGUUUACUUUGGCUUAGUCAGAUAACAUCCCAAACUGCCUUGCCUGGUUACUCCAUCUCUUGAAUGGGGUAACCAUGUUUUGAGGUUAGAAACAGACACAUCUGCCUUUACUGACCUCCUGUUGCAAAUUUGAUUUUCCUGUGCAUUUUCCUGCUGCAAUGUGAAAAUACAUAGACUUUUCCUCUUAGGUUGCCUCAAAUGCCCUGAUCUGUUUGGGUUAUAGCACUUUACUUUCUGAUAAGGUAACUCUGAGCUAUAUCAGCUAUUUCCCAGGAAAAGGAAUGCAGCUUCAACUAUGUCAGUACUGAUGAUUGAUUCCAAUACCUUUUAGAUCUCAAUAACUCUGAAAUACGAGACAAGGAAUAGAAUGAAGGCACUAAGUCAAAGAUUGCCAAUUCAAAAUCUGCCAGAAAUAUGUUUAACUACUACUAUUAUUAAUCAUUAUAUUAUUUUAUUAAAUUAAUCCUACAUCUUC